UGAGCGCUGUGGAGGACUCAGGAAGAAGGGGCGGGGCCGGGGCGGAGCGCGCGGCACGAUGGCGGAAGUGGAGUUCUCAAAUGCUACCCAUGAAGUCCUCAAUGUCACCCUCCACACCACGCUGUCCGUUACGACCAAACUGGUGGUUCCUACACCUGCCAAACCUAUCCUUCCAGUGCAGACUGGAGUCCAAGCUCAGCAAGAGGAGCAAUCUAGUGGCAUGACUAUAUUCUUUAGUCUCCUUGUAUUAGCUAUCUGCAUCAUAUUGGUGCAUUUACUGAUAAAAUACAGACUACAUUUCUUGCCAGAGAGUGUGGCUGUUGUUUCUUUAGGUAUCCUCAUGGGAGCAUUUAUAAAAAUUAUAGAGUCUCAAAAACUGGCCAACUGGAAGGAGGAAGAAAUGUUUCGUCCAAAUAUGUUUUUUCUUCUCUUGCUUCCACCUAUUAUAUUUGAAUCUGGAUAUUCAUUACACAAGGGUAACUUCUUUCAGAACAUAGGUUCCAUCACUCUGUUUUCUGUGUUUGGCACAGCAAUUUCAGCUUUCAUUGUAGGUGGAGGAAUUUAUUUUUUGGGUCAGGCUGAGGUAAUUUAUAAACUGAACAUGACAGACAGUUUUGCAUUUGGCUCCUUAAUAUCUGCUGUGGACCCGGUGGCUACUAUUGCCAUCUUCAAUGCCCUUAACGUAGAUCCUGUGCUUAACAUGUUGGUUUUUGGAGAAAGUAUUCUCAAUGAUGCAGUCUCUAUUGUCCUGACAAACACAGCAGAAGGUUUGACAAGAGAAAAUAUGUCAGAUGUAAGUGGAUGGCAAACCUUUCUCCAGGCACUGGGUUACUUUCUUAAGAUGUUCUUUGGCUCUGCAGCACUUGGCACUCUUACCGGCCUUAUUUCUGCAUUAGUACUAAAGCACAUUGAUUUAAGGAAAACACCCUCCCUGGAGUUUGGGAUGAUGAUUAUCUUUGCUUAUCUUCCUUAUGGACUUGCAGAAGGAAUCUCACUCUCAGGUAUCAUGGCAAUCCUGUUCUCUGGCAUUGUGAUGUCUCACUACACACACCAUAACCUUUCCCCCGUUACACAGAUCCUAAUGCAACAGACACUGAGAGCCGUUGCUUUCAUGUGUGAAACCUGUGUUUUUGCAUUUCUUGGUCUGUCCAUUUUUAGUUUUCCUCACAAGUUUGAAAUGUCCUUUGUCAUCUGGUGCAUAGUACUUGUCCUGUUUGGCAGAGCAGUGAAUAUUUUUCCUCUCUCUUACCUGCUCAACUUCUUUCGUGAUCAUAAAAUCACCCCCAAAAUGAUGUUCAUCAUGUGGUUUAGUGGUUUACGUGGGGCAAUUCCAUAUGCCCUGAGCCUCCAUUUGGGCUUGGAGCCAAUAGAAAAGCGGCAGCUCAUUGGGACCACAACUAUCAUUAUUGUGCUAUUCACAAUUUUAUUGUUGGGUGGAGGAACCAUGCCCCUUAUCAGACUGAUUGAUAUUGAGGAUUCUAAAGCGCGAAGAAGGAACAAGAAGGAUAUUAACCUCAGCAAGACUGAAAAGAUGGGUAAUACCAUUGAAUCUGAACAUUUAUCAGAACUCACAGAGGAAGAGUAUGAAGCCCACUACAUAAAGCGCCAGGAUCUCAAAGGCUUUAUGUGGCUUGAUGCCAGGUAUUUGAAUCCGUUCUUCACAAGGCGGCUCACACAGGAGGACCUACAUCAUGGACGCAUACAGAUGAAAAGUCUCACCAACAAAUGGUAUGAAGAGGUGCGACAAGGACCCUCAGGGUCUGAAGAUGAUGAACAGGAGCUGCUAUAGCAGGCUAGAGGAGGAGGAUUGUAACGAGUUUAUGAUAGAGCACCAAAAACUAGAUUUAAGUAACAAAAGAUUCUGACUGUACAAAAGCCCAGGGUAUUAAGAAUGAAGACUUCCCACUGCAGGUCCCACCAUGUGCUGGUGUACUUAGGUUUCACAGAACCAUAUACACUGUACUUCAUAAGACCGGUCGCUGCAGGACCCCCCCUACAGUAACACAAAAGCAGAAUGUGGGCGGAGGAUAGAGCUGUACCUUUUAAUUCUGAAUAUCACAGCAUUUGUAAGUUUCACUUAGCCCAUUCAAAACUGCAUUGAAAUAACCUUGAAGAAGAGUGUCGUCCAUUCUGAUGUAAGCUGUAAAUGCAUGUUACAAUACAGGUUCCAUAAUAUGGCUCCACAAAACAGAAUGAGUUGCACUUUAUUGUAUACUUUAAUACUCAUUCAUAUCUUGGGGAGUCAUGAUGGUUUAUACUGUGAAUUUGUGCCAAUAAGAAUAAUUGAAUCUUUGUCUGGACCAAAACUGUAAUUUGCAUAUUAUGGAUCCAGAAUGCAUAGUGAGCCCCCAGACAAGAAGCAGAUGUUGUGCAUGGACAAAAGCACCAGAACCUUUUAAAUACUCUGUGUGUCUGCCAUUGUUGUUUUUUUAAUGUUGAAAUGACUUAAUCCACAGUACUUGACAUUGCCUAAAGUGUGUUUUUAAAUGAGAAAGCGUAGAACUGGAUUUGAAAUCCAUAAAUUUUUUUACUUAUCCCCCCACCACACACACACACACACACUCCUGUAACUUAUAAAUAGUUACACUUUUUUAACAAAAAUUAUAAUAAAAAAGGUUGCUUCUAGCUACAGGCUUUGAAUCUCAGGAAGCAGCCGUUUUUGCUUUGCCUAAAUUCCUAAAAUAUCCCUAACACGCCUGAGGGUUCAUGAGGAAUGUAGGGAGGUUUUUAAAUUCUAGAGGCAUCAGUAGCAGGCUUUUCCAUAUAGUUUUUUUGGAAACACAGAAAAAGCCCCCAGAAAACCUAACCUAGCGGUGAAAGACUUUAUUAUGCAUUGCUGCAGCAUCCUCUGUUGGGAAAUGCCAGACACUUAGCAGUCCAUUAAGUUGUCCUGCUACUUUAAUUUUUUUAUGGUCAUAGUAGUGUGUAAAAAUGAUCAGCACUGUUUUGCUUUUCCCACAUGCAAUGGACCAUUUGUUCAGAACUGCACACACACAAGUGUGCACCUUUUCAUGGUGCACACUUACUGUGUUUCAGCUACAGUAAAUACAAAUUUUUAUUGCCUCGUUGGUCAUUUGCACAUGCUUUAAAAAAAAAAAACUUUACCGAGCAUUUUCAAUCAUGGAUCUAUUGUAUUUUUUCUGGACAAAUAAAGGACACUUCAGGAAUGUGUUCAAAAAGCAUAAAUGCUCAAAAUCCUAAAUAUGGAUUGACUUACUAGUUUUUCAUAUGUGUGUGUGUUUGAAAGCUAGUCCUGAUGUUUAAGAAAAAAAAGUACAGCUGUUUCUGGCUAAUCUCUCUGGUGAGCAUUCUGUACUUUCGAGCCACCAUUAGUGGUAUCUGCAUCCCCUAAAUCAAUACAGAUUAAGGUGAAUAGGGAAGUGAAUUAAAGUUUUGGUUCCCUUUUCUACAUACCCACUUUGAAACAAGUCUAGUGGCCGCACUCGAAGCUGGCAGCUUUCCAACAGCUGUAAAUUAGACAUGCUAAAGUUCGGCAUUGAUAUCUGAUUAAUUUAGCUUUGAAGCAGAGCAUUACUAAAUAUGUGGGCCUCCUAAAGCUAUGCCCCAUGCAGAAGCAGAACUGUUAGAGAAUGUGCUCUCACCAAUGAGGGAGACAAUGUGUGAUUUGCAUGAUGCUGCCAUUAAAAGGUUGAUUGUAUAGUCCAGCCCUCCUCACUUUAAUUUCAGACUCAAUUCUGCAUUUUCACUUGAAAAAUAAUUAAUCUUACUAGGAAAGAACACUUUUUUGGGGGUAACAAAUCAAGAAACCUCUCUCUGCUAAUCAACCAUGACAUGCACUUUAUUUCCUACCCUUGUACGUGAACAGAAUUUGGCUUCAUGCUUUAUAGAACUGGAACAUGCUGCGUAAUGUGAGCAUGAAGGGGAAUGAACUCAGAUUAUUUCCAGUGUUGAGUACUGAAGAAUCACAUCUUGCUUGUUGUCUGGGAGGAGAACAGAUCUGUAAAGAAUCCUACUAACCAGGCUGAAGGAAACUCUAAUAUUAGAUCUUUGUUCCUAGUUCAGAGUUAAGGGUAUAUGCUUGAAAACAUUUUUUAGGAUGUGCAAAUGCUAGCUGCAGUACUAUAAGGUAGGGGUGUGUGAGAGAGAGCGAGGAAAAUGUAAAUUCCACUUUAUAAUACAGCUAUUUCCUCAGGUGCCCAUCCAGACUACGCGCCCGUUUGUAUGGUUUUUUAUGGGAUGUCACACUUGCUCACGAAGAAUAGUUUAAGCUGUGGGGGCUAGGAACCUUUUGCGGUUGCUGAGUAUAUGAGGAUCGCUUUGCCAGAUACAUAUGCUCUUGGCUUACAGGAGAACGGUAGAAAUUGUGGUGGUGUUGUUUUUUUUUAAAGACAGGUGAGACCCAGCUUUCCCCGUUCAAACAAUGGGCUGCAUGUUAGACAGCAGUUUCUGUUGUUUUGAUGCACUAUGGUAACUAAAUAAUUGAGGUAAAUUGUCAGUUCUUGGAGGUAUUUUUUCAUCCUUGAGAUGUCAAUCAUUUCAGCUUUCUAGUAAUAAAUAGCAGCUAUUGUCCUGAUUUACCUGUUCCUAAGAAUUGUGUGGUGUAGAACACAAUGGUACCAAUUCUUGGCUACGCCUGCAUAGUGCACUGUGCACCUCCAGAUGGAGCAGGAGAGCUGCAAAGACAGUUUUAAGUCACUCUGUGCUCCCUUUGUGCCAGACAUAACUUAGGGCACCCUGAAGGCAGCUUUAAGAUACGCUGGCUGCCAAGAGCCCCAAGGGACUGUUAUGGCACCCAGGGACUGCCAAGGUUUAGGGAAGUCUUGGCCAUACCUCUUGUUCUGUAGACAUUCCACAGGUUAGCUGUGGAGAGAAGGAGUGGCACGUGAGCUGCUAUGUUGCCUCUUGCAUCACUGAAGUCCCCUGAUUGCCCUGUGGCCAUUAGGAUGGGUUUAGAGCCACUUUGUAAUGGUGAUGCAACAUAAAACAGCCGAAGAUCAGAGCCACUGUUCUCAGUUAGCUAGUUAUUUCACUGAAAGACGAGGCAAUCUAUAAAAUGAAUAAAGGUUCUAUGCUAAUAUAUUGGACUUUUGUGGAAGUUAGAGAUCAUGAUAAAUUGAUCAUUUCCUGCCCUCUGCUGGUAAUUUUUGAAAAUACAGUUGGAUCUAAAUUAGGAAACAUUUGCUGCGAAUAAUUUAAUACACAUUAAAUGGAUGCAAUGAACUGAUAUUUUCUGAAUUAACGAAAGCAGCCUGAAACUCCUAAUUUCAAGGCAUAUUUACUUUAUUUAAAUGUAAAAAGCAACGGUGCAAAAACUUUAACAAUGAGAUCCUAUUUAGUGGAUUUAUCAAAGACUUGCAUCUGAGAGGAAAGGAUGGGUUUGUGGUUAAGGCACAUCACUGGGGAGUCAGGACUCCUGGGUUCUAGUCUAGCUUUGCUGCAGACUCACUGUGUGACUCUCAGGCAAGCCAGUUAGCCUUUGUGUGCCUCAGUUUCGUUAGCUUAUUCUGAUUUUUCUUUAUUUGUGCCUUUAGGAUUGUAAUCAUUUCAGAGAUCUGUUUGUCAGCCAUGACCCACCACUGCCCAGCUCUUUGUCCAUUUGCAGGACUAUAGAACUGAGGUGCCACUUCGGGUAAUAUUUGAGAGCUUCAGAGACACUGAGGCAGGCUUUGUGUGAACCAUUCUGAACAUCAUGUUUUAGUCUUGCUUCUUGCAGUAACUGGGUUUUUCUCUGACCACAAGACAAGACAGGGAAGAACCCAGUUCUGACAUUUUAUGGUGAUGACUGAUUUGUAGGUACAUUUAUAAAUGUGUUGGCUUUUCUGUGGCAUUGAUCACUCUAUUGUGGGCAGCUCAAACAUGAACAGAUUUAUCUUUACAACACUUCUGUGAGGAAGGCCUGUAUUAUUACUCCCUUUUCACAGAGGGAACCGAAUUACAGAGAGAUCAGUGGCUUGCACAGGGUGCCACACAGAGUAGUGUGGCAGAGUAGUGAAUUGAAUCCAAUUCCCAGUCCGAUACCACAACUGCAACCCCAUCCUUCUGCUGGGAUCUCAACUUUGAGUAGCUUUCAUUUGAAAAGGGAGCAGAAAUCAUGUUUAAAUGGAGACUGUCAAGGUGCAAUGAUGAAGAGAAUGUCCUCUCACCUUUUGAGAGCACUGUUAAGAUCUGCCUCAAAUCCAGUGUUUGCUCGCUUUCUCCAAUCAUCCUCGUGUGCGUUUGUCUAGUUAGUUCUUGUGCCACUUGCUGACCUUACUUCUGACUACUUCUAUCGCUCAAUCCAAUUUAGUCUGAGUCCUCCUAUCACAAAUAUGAGCAAUAGGUCUUGGAAUAAGAUCAGGGUUAUAAACGUGUUUGCUAAAAGGGUGGUACAUGAGGGCAGGUGUCUGAAUGUAGGGAGUAUCAUUCUUGCCAAGUUGACACAAGCAGGCUAACAAUUCUCAGCUAACAGCUUUUCUUUACAAUUGGGCAUGUCUCUCUGAACAGCCUGUUUCAUGGUCCAUAGAUAAAGGAUUCUGUAGCAUCAGCAGAAAAGUUUGAGCCAAAAGCUAGGAUUUGCUUCUCCUCCAUGUACCACCAGAAAUUACGUUCUAGCAACAUGAAGACAUUGAGACUGCCAUUGCUGUAAAAAGCCCCCUCUCCACCAUACCGAAGACACAAAAACGUACAGCUUUUACGAAAAAUUCUAAACUGUUGACAGUGAUAUCCCCUAUCCACCUCCCCCCUGCAACAUCCCCAGUCAACGUAUGGCCAGAUUUUCCUGGGAGUUACACUGGCAUAACUCCAUUGAAUUUGACCACUGUAGAAAGCAGAUUCCAGAGCAAAACAGCUGUCCGCUGACAGCACCCUGCCACUGGGCCCUAGACAUUCUGAUCCAGGCAGCAUUAGCAAAAGACCUUUUAUACUAUCUCUCAGCAAUUCUACAGCUCCUGUCAUCAUAGUAGGUCGGUGUCUGAAGUAGACAGGACCAAUCGGACUGGGAAGAUCAAUAGCAAGAUCUUGAGUUAUAGUUGGAAGGGACUAGGGUGGUUGUGCAAUAUUGGGAAAAUCAAUGCAAAAGCUUGUAAAUUAAUAUAACAUUUCUGGAUAGAUUUGGUGUCUCCGUUGCCUUGGAGAUGAACUGAUUGUCACAGUUCCAGCUCGAAUGAACAACAAUUUACCUUAUCACUGCCAUGCAUUUUAUUCAAAGAGGCACGAUGAACAUUUUGGCUUGGCUGUAUUUCAGCGUCAAACAUUUCCCAUUGCUCAGAGCUUCCACUCGAACUGCUAAAGGAAAUGGCUAGCGUGAGUUGCACUAUUUUAGCCGUAGAGUUUCUUUGAAGGUGAGCAAAGCACACUGCUAGUCAGCUUUCUUGGAGGUGAAGCUGCCCUUGUUGCUUCUAUUUAACAGUUUUUAGUAGAAGUUAAGCUCAGUGAUCAGUUUUCAAGGGUUAAUAUUUUUCACAGAGAUCACUGAUGGACAGGGUGGACAACUGAGAAAACAGUUGGUUAGUCUUGAAACUCAAAUGGAGUGGGGAGGGAGAUGGCAAAGGAAGGUUAUUUGCACGACUCUGAGAUUUUGUAGUCAGAGCUUUGCUGUAAAGCAUAAGCACAGAAGGAAACCUGGUCAUACAAAUACUUUCGCAGCCCCUGCCAACCCUAGCCUCUGUAGUGCUUGGUAAAGCAAUAUACUAGAGUGAGCUGAAUGAAGCCUACAGAUAAAUAACUUUUUACUGGGUUGGAAUCACAGGCUUCCUGUUUUAUCUAUGCUCAGCAGCUAGUGUAUAUGAAAAAUGUACAGUUAUAUGCUCACCAAGAGAUGCUCAAAACUGAAGCAUGAUCCUACACUCUCUUCACCCAUUUUGUAAUGUAUCACCAAUAAAUCCAAGGGGGCAUUUGGUUCCGUUCUGUUCUGUAUCAUUUGAAACUGUUUCUAGAGACGUCCUGUACAAAUUCUAGGGGUUCCACUACACCACGUUUCCAUGCACUUGUGCACACCUGGGUAUUAAAUAGCCCACAAAAUGUAUCCAGACUGUUUUUAAAAAAAUGGAUCUUGAAAGGCUGCAGUGAUUUAAGAUAGUCCAUGUGAAUAGCACUGCUGUAUCAGGGUUCAUGCUGCAGUGUGUAAUCACGUGAAUGAGGCUAUAAUGAUAUACAGCCCUGGCUUUGAAAUGAGUAGCUUAUCGCAAUUAAGAAUUUACUUUCUAGUUUAAUGGAAAUUGAGAGAGACAUUCUUCUAUUGGAGUACACAUAGAAUCAUAGGACUAGAAGGGACCUCAAGAGGUCUUCUAGUCCGGUCCCCUGUACUCAAGGCAGGACCAGUUAUUAUCUAGACCAUCCCUGACAAGUGUUUGUCUAACCUGCUCUUAAAAAUCUCGUAUGACAGAGAUUCCACAACCUCCCGAGGUAAUUUAUUCCAGUGCUUAACUACCCUGACAGGAAGUUUUGAAGCCCUUUAGAAUAAAUGGGAACUCGUGUCUAAAGCCAUGUUCAUCUGGUUGAGGAUCUACACAAAUCUAAAUACACAGAUUGUAAUUAUUUGGCUCUAUAACGCUCUGGAGAGAUCCAGAGGAGUUGGGAUGGGGCGAGGUUCACACCAUAAUUAUUGUAUUUAAACUUUGACACUAAUGGAACAGGGGAAAUAACUACCCCUUCCCCUCAUGUCAUUUUAUUGCAUGACCCAGAAGUUUUGCUUUUGAUUGUAUUUUUGCAACAAUAGCCAGUUCUGCUGUGCAACAUGUAAAAAUUGAUCUUUCAGCUUUUGAGCAACACUCUAUACAACUUUGCAGGUUUUUCUGCCAACUUUCCUUCCCCCCCCGCCCCACUUUGCAGUGAAAAAUGAACACCUCCAAUGUUGUAUAUACUUUGAAGGACAAAUGGAAUCUGGGCUGUGCAAACAAGUUUCUCCAGCACUUUUUAAUACAGCUUUAAGUAAUUGGUGUUGCAUCCAAACAGAAGUUAUAUUGAUGGUCAUUUUCUCCAAAUCCUGAAUUUCAAUGAAUGUCACAGUAAAUACAUUCCAUAUCUAAAACACAGUUUAAAAUCCAGCUGUGACAACUGUAUUCCCAGCAAAUUAUUCAGGCCUUUUACUCAAAUGACAUGUAUGAAAACAUACAUUUCAAUUUCUGCUCAAGUUGAUAGUGGAGAAAUGCAGGACUGGUGAAGGAAGCUGAUAGUCAGGCACUUGUUAACACUGUAUAGAUGUUUGUACCAAAGUGAUUUUAAAUUACUUUAUUUGCAUGCAUAAUCAUGGUCUACUUAUGUGCAAAUUAAACCCACAAUUCUGAGAAUCUGGGCACAGAUAGCUUUUGAAAAUUGCCUUAUGAUUGUAACUGGGGUCUCUGUUUCAGUCUUUAUCAGAUUCCUGCCUUUGAGAAAUGGUUCUUAUUGCAAUGAAUUUUUUAGUAAAUUUGUGUUAUUUAUAAGGGGUGUACAGAAUCCAAACAGACAUAUUUGUCUGAGCAAUAUAAACUUCAUGGAGUUGUAAACUGAAUAGGACAUUUAUUUAUUUUGAAAUAAAAGUUAUAACCAGAAAA